AUGGGUCUUCUAAAUAGCGAUUUUUAUUCCUUUUUUGUAAUCACGCCUACUUUCGAUGAUGUCACUUCCGGGUUUACAAUGACAGCACUUGAUGUCAGUGGGUCAUGGUUUCUGGAUAAGGUUCCCCUUUGGAGGUUCCAGAAGAAGAACCAGAAGUUCCAUCAGGAGCCGUUGCUUUCAGAGCUGGGAGCCCGAAAACAAACUCCCCACUAUCUGAGAAUAAGGGACAAUGUUCCUGGGUCAGACUCCCAGACAGUGAAUGGUAGAGAUGAGUUUGAAGCUGAACACCAUGAAGGGGAGGAUGAGCUGAGCGACACCCCGCAGGAAAGCUCCACAUGUGACCGGAAGAACAAGAGAACAAGAAUCAGGACCACCUUCACCAUGGCACAGCUGCUUCAGCAGAUAUUCCAGGUUACCCACUACCCCGACGUACAGACACGUGACCAGCUGGCUGCAAAAAUCCAGCUCCCAGAGAUCCAAGUGCAGAUAUGGUUUCAAAACCGAAGGGCGAAAUGGAGGAAAUACGAAAAACUGGGCAAUUUCGGAGGGCUCCAGCAUCUCACGUCGGUCUAUAUGGUCCCUGCCCCAAAGUCAGAUUGCAUGAUUAAGAAGUACAAGUGUCAGAAUGGGUCUCCUUGGGUCCACCAGAAAACCUGA